AUGAUUAAUUGUGCGAACGGUGGUUUCACGCAUCUUCCGCGUGGACUAAAAGGCGAUGGACGGUAUGCGACUUUGAUAAUGAUACACAACCAAAUUAAUACACUAACGGAGAAGGACAUGGACGCAUUAUACCGGUUCAAAGAAGUAGAUAUGAGGGACAAUCCCUUAAACUGUACAUUGCUACACGCUUUAGAUUAUAAAAUGACUAUUUUGAGUGACUGUAUUUCCAAGUUUCUUAGUACGAAACCUACAGUUACAAAGUUCAAUCACAGUACCGCAAAACACGAUUCGGACCGUUUGAGGCGAACUGAACCUUCAACGAACAAAAAAUGGAAAAAAGAAGGGAGAAAAAUGCUAUGGCUGAUCGCGAUUUUACCGUUGGUGAUUGUCCUAGCAGUGUGCGUGUUCCUGAUACGGCGCAGGUUUCUACUACAAAGGCAACGCGUCAUCCGUCGCAAUCCUAUAGAACUUUACCCUCUUAGGUGUGAAGAAGACGACGAAGUAAUUUUAUUUGAACUGAAAGAAAAACGAUUAUGA